AUGUUCAAGACACUCGUCUCUACUUCUCUGCGCCAGGCCACCGGCAUCCGCACGACACCGGCAGGUUUUGGGGCGGCCCGGCGGUUCUACCACGAGAAGGUCAUUGACCACUACGAGAACCCGCGCAACAUGGGCUCCUUGGAUAAGAACGACCCGACAGUGGGCACGGGCCUAGUGGGGGCUCCGGCGUGCGGCGAUGUGAUGCGGCUUCAAAUCAAGGUGGACGAUGCGGGCAAUAUCACCGACGUCAAGUUCAAGACGUUCGGGUGCGGGUCGGCCAUUGCCUCGUCGUCGUAUAUCACGGAGCGGGUGCGCGGAAUGAGCCUGGACGACGCGAUGAAGAUCAAGAACACGGAGAUUGCCAAGGAGCUGUGCUUGCCGCCAGUGAAGCUCCACUGCUCGAUGCUGGCUGAGGAUGCGAUCAAGUCGGCCAUCAAGGACUUUAGGAAGAAGCGCGGAGGAGAGGUCAUCCACAGCGAGGGCGCCAAGCCUACCGCUGCUCAGGCCUUGGCGUAA